AUGAUCCAAAGAUCCAACGGUUCGGGUCGCAGGAUUCUCACGUACCCGGCGGUUCAUCCCUGCGAAGCCAUAGCUACGCUGACACUCCUGACGUCGCUCAUCGCUCUCACCCACGGGUCGUUGGGUCUUCCGGCCUCCGCGGUUCUGAGCUUGUCGGAGCUCCACUUGGCCUUCCAGAAAGUUCAGUUCUUGCUGGAAGACUUGGCCCGGGACGACGCCCGGGUAUGGAUGCUGAUGAAUUCGAGUCGCGUGGCGAGUCAAUUCCGUGUCCUGAGUCGGGCCAUGGGUACGGCUCUCGAUGUUCUCCCUCUCGGGUUGGUCAGCGCCGCCGUCGAGGUCAAGGAGCACGUGCAAUUGGUGGCCAGGCAAGCGCGAAAGGCGGGGUAUGAAGUCGACCCGGAUGAUAUUCGGGUCGCGUCGGCGGUAUGGUCCGUUUUGUCCGGGUUUGAGAAACGGGUCCUUCCGGGCGUGGGAGAUUUGAAACGGGUUCUUGAGUUUCUUCGGAUUAGGAAGUGGAGCAAGUGCGAGAAGCAAGUCAAGUUCUUGGAUUCGGAAAUUGGUCUCGAGAAUUUGGGGGAGGAGAAGAGAGAGGUGGCCUUGUUGAGCAGCCUGAAGCGGUUGAUGUGCUACUGUCGAUGUGUGUUGUUCGAUGCUGUCGAUGGGGAACGGGGUCGAAGAUCCGGCGGCGAGGCGGUGGGUUGCUUCAAUUUAGAAGAUUUCCGGUGCCCGAUUUCGCUGGAAAUGGCUGAUCCGGUGACGGUAUCAACAGGGCAGAGCUACGAUCGGUGCUCGAUUGCGAAAUGGUUCAGAGCUGACAAUCUCAUUUGUCCCAAGACAGGGGAGAAGCUCAAGAACACGGAAGUGGUGCCGAAUUUGGCGCUGAAGAGGUUGAUCGAGCAGCACUGUUUCGAAAAUGGUGGUGCGUUUGCUGAUUCGGGUCGUCGAAAUCUCGACAUUGGGAGGGCUAGGCUUGCAGUUGCAGGGAGUUUGGCAGAUGAGGGAGCCAUGCAAAUGGUGGCCGAGUUUCUUAAUGGAAGGCUUGCGGUUGGGACAGUAGAAGAGCAGAACAAGGCUGCUUAUGAAAUCCGGCUUCUUACGAAAACAAGCAUUUUUAACAGGUCUUGUUUGGUUGAAGCCGGUGUGGUUCCACAUUUGUUGAAGCUGUUGUGUUCAGCUGAUUCGGUGACUCAAGAGAAUGCCAUUGCAUCCUUGCUGAAUGUUUCGAAGUAUUCGAAAUGCAAGGCCGUGAUUGUCGAAAAUGGGGGUCUGAAUUUGAUGGUAGGUGUGUUGAAGAAAGGUCUCAAAUCAGAGACUCGUCAGCAUGCUGCUGGCACAUUGUUUUACCUCGCUUCGACCGAGGAGUACAGGAGAUUGAUUGGAGAAACUGCAGAUGCCAUACCGGCUUUGAUGGCGCUGAUCAAGGAUGGGACUGAUAGAGCCAGGAAAAACGCAUUGGUUGCGAUUUUCGGGCUCCUCACACACCCUGCAAAUCAUAGGAGGGUGAUAGCAGCAGGAGCAGUUCCUCUGCUCGUUCAUGUCUUAACAUUAUUUGAUAGUGAAGCUCUCGUCAUGGAUGCUCUGGCAAUUCUGUCAACUCUCGCAGAGAAAGCUGAUGGAUCGAUUGCAAUUUUGCGUUGCAAAGCAUUGGAUUCGAUUGUGGGGAUCCUGAACUCCUCCAUUCCAAGGGCGGGGAAGGAGUUCUGUGUAUCUCUGUUGCUUGCUCUUUGUGUAAAUGGCAGCGGAGAUGUGGUUGCUCUUCUGGCGAAGAGCACUUCGCUUAUGGGAACUUUGUAUUCCCAACUCAGCGAAGGCACAUCCCGAGCAAGCAAAAAGGCCAGUUCUCUCAUCAGGGUCCUGCAUGAGUUCCAUGAAAGGUCAUCCGGCUCAAUCUCUCCGGUUCUUCCACAAGAGCGAUUCGUUCACGUUAGGUAACCCCGAAUAUUAGUGGGGCGAAUUACAUGACUUGAUUCUUUUCAGGCCCUCCUGUAAAUCCAGGGUCCUGUGUAUAUAUCGUGUUAUUUUAGUUUGAUUUUCUUCUGGUUUGGUUUCGUUAUUGGCUUGGUUUUUCCAAGAGCUAAUGACUGUAUGUAUGAUAUGAUCAGCUUCUAUUUUUUUCAACGAAGCUUUGUCCAAAAUCAUUGUUAUAUUGCAAUGUAUUGUAAUUGUUUUACCAUUUAAAAUCACUAAUAAAUCAUUCAUGAUUGUUUCAA